AUGGUUCAUUACACCCCUGAGUCUAUCCUCACGGUGAUGAUCUUAAUGAUUACCUUCCUGGUGGGCGUGCCAGGAAACAUUUUAGUAAUCUGGAUAACAAGUUUUAAGAUGAAACGGACAGUGAACACAGUGUGGUUUUGGAAUCUUGCUUUAGCCGACCUAACCUGUUGUUUGUCUCUUCCUUUAUCCAUUGCCCUUGAACUUCUCCAUAACGAGUGGCCAUAUGGCUCCUUCUUAUGCAAAGUUUUACCUUCCAUCAUUAUCCUCAACAUGUUUGCCAGCGUCUUCACAUUGGUGACUAUUAGUGUUGAUCGUUGCAUUUUGGUAGUGAAGCCUGUAUGGGCGCAAAAUCACCGUAGUGUAUGUUCUGCUUGGCUCGUUUGUUUAGUUAUUUGGUUUAUUUCCUUCUUGAUGUGUCUCCCUCUCCUCCUGUAUCGGGAAACCAUCACAGAGCAUAAUAUCACCACAUGUGGAUAUAAAUACACCAGCACGUAUUCUGAUGAUGAACAAUUUUGGCCAGAAUGUUACGACAAUGAAGACUGUAACUUCACAUCAUGGACCUAUGUUUAUGACUCUGCCAGCGAAACAGAGUCAGUUAGUACAGCUUUAAUUUCUGCAUCUAACUUCACAAACUCAGAAGAAAUUUGGACUACAACGCAUCCAAUGGCUACAUAUAGCACUCAACAAGAAGAACAGGGUCAAAACUCUAUUGAUGUUGAUAAUUUUUUCUUUGAGAUAGAUGAUGAUGAUGAAUCAGGUCACAACACAGUCAUUACUAUUACACGUGCUGUUUUGGGGUUCUUUUUACCAGCUAUAAUUAUCUCGGCCUGCUACAUCCGCUUGGCCUGGAAAAUGCAAAGUGCGAGCUUCCGUAAGAUGAGCAAAAAAACUCUUAAAGUGGUGUUUAGUAUUAUUUUGGCAUUUUAUAUAUCCUGGACUCCAUACCAUCUCGUGGGUCUUACUAUGCUGUACGUGCACAGCCAACGUCUAAACCGUCUGGACCAUCUCUCUCAAGCACUAGCGUAUUCAAACAGUUGCAUUAAUCCCAUCCUCUACGUCUUUAUGGGCAAAGAUUUCAAGAGCAAGAUGCGGAAGUCUAUGCUGGGGUUGAUGGAAAGUGCCUUUAGUGAAGACGUUACUCAAAGCACCAAUCGCAGCAGAAGCAAAGCGAGUGUUCAAGACAUCUACUCCGUGAGUGGGCAAAGCCAAGCAAUGAUGACUCUAUAGGACGUUGCUUAGUGUGUGCUUACCUUGUCCACUUACAUUAAAUAGCUUUGUAUAUGUCAUUGUUACACAUUUGUGAAGAGAGGCAUAUUGACACAUGGACAACUACAGUGGUAGUGCCAAGCAUACAAAAUCCAAAACUAAAUGACCUAAAAUCCCUGGGGACUUUCCAUGAACUGUGUGCUAUGGAGAUUCAUGGGCUUGGCAUAAAAAAAUUUGCCAGAAAGUAUUAUAGACUCAACAUAUCUGAACUAUUUCCUGCCUUUUCUGCUAAAUAAAGACUAUUUAAAAAAAAAAAAUGAAUAGACUUCUAACUUAACAAUAAGAACAAAUGUUCCAGCCAGGGUCGUUGCUAGUGUCCAAACACAUUCAGGACUUGAGCUCAAGACAAACAAGUAUUAUCAAUGUCCCUCACAAAUGUUACAUAUUUACGCCUGCAAUAUAUGUGUUUUGACACACAUUGAGAUAUACAUGAAGACCAAUGGUUGAUGGUGAAGUUUUAGAUGGUGAGGCGCUAGGCUCCACACCAGUAAUUUGAUUGCACCCCUUUCCGUAAACUUUGACCCUAAUCUGUAUUACUUUGCUCACUAAAAGGAUACAAUAGGCACCAAAACAACUUUGCUUAUAAAGCAAUUUUUGUGUAUAGAUCACGCCGCUGAAGUCUC